CCAGAAAGUCCAACCUUUAAUAACUAUGGACCAUGAUCAGAGCUGGGCAGAUGGCGCCUCUGAGCUCAUUGACCAACCCGGUCCCAUGAAAGCAGGAAGAAGACGGAUUCCAGGUGCAGCUGUUUCUGACGUCCCGUCCACCUGUGUGUCCGUGUUUGUUGCUCCAAAUUUCCACACCAUGUCGGAGGAUCUGCGCGCAGAGCUGGAGAAAUGUCUGCAGACUCUGAACAUCCAGACGAGCUGCGUGGAGCACCCGCCGGUGUUUACGGUAGAGGAGAUGAUGCCUCACCUGCAGGAAGUGAGUGGCGCCGUAACUAAAAACCUCUUCCUGAAGGACAAGAAGAAAAAAACCCUCUGGCUGGUGUCAGCCCGCCACGACCGCUCGGUGAACCUUAACAACCUUGCUAAAAAGCUGGGUGUUGGCAGCGGCAACCUGCGCUUCGCCGACGAAGCAGCGAUGUUGGAAAAACUCAAGGUGGGUCAAGGCUGUGCAACGGCUCUCGCUCUGCUCUUUGAUGAGGAUCAGAGCGUGAAGUUGGUUUUGGACCGGGACCUGGUGGAAGGAGGCCACCAGAUGGUCUACUUCCACCCCAUGACCAACGCCGCCACCAUGGGGCUCCGACCCGACGACCUGCUGCGCUUCCUCAAAGAGACGGGACACGAGCCCAUCCUGGAGAGCUUUGAGUAGAGUGGAACAAGGACCUGGACCUGGAGCGGGUUAAAAACCGGACAGGAGCAUCCUGCAGGGAUCAGGAUUAUGUGUGAGCAGGACCCGAGGAGGAGCGGAAGGUUCCAGGAGACGAACAAAGUUUGAUUUUAAGCUUUAAAACAGGUUUUAUGUUAAAAAGAAACAAAGUGAAUUUAUUUGAUGGAACAUGAAAUCCUGCUGAACGGGAAGGAAAACCGUCCACUGACGUCCAGGUUGUGGACAAACGAGCUGUUACCGUUUCCAGAGUUACUGUAUGUGUUUGGAAUUAGUUGUUUAAAUAAAGUAUAAUUUUAUAUAAAUCUCA